CACAUUUUCUGUCUAUAUCUGCUACAUGUGAAAAAGGCUAAAAUAAUUUCUCAUACCAUUACUGUCACACUUUCAAGUCUUACAUUCCUUUUCCCCACAGAGGAAAUGGUAUUGACAGAUGUAAUUUAUUGUUAAGUCUCUUCUGCAAACUAGAACAGGGUGAGGUUAAAACAGGUUGAAGAUACUAAUCAAAAUAAAUAUUUUGGUCAGGAAAUAUGUUGCUCUGUCUCAAACAGGAAACUGUAUUACUUUCCUCCUCCCACCACCAUGAAACAUAGAAGCAAAAGCCUCAUCAACAAGAGACAUCGAAGACAUGGAUGCCUGAUCAGAAAGAAGACACCUUGCUGUCAAUCAUAUUUUGAGAUAAUUUGUGUUUCAGGAGUGGUUCUGCCAAUGGAUCUCACUGAGGAGGAGACAGCACCUCUAAUGGACAGGGAGAGGGGGGGCAGCCAAAUGUCUGGUUCUGGCUCUGGUUUACAAGUCCAUCUCUACUUCCUCCCUGCCACAAAGGUGGGAACAACAUUCAACAUAUCCUCUGGACAAAUCUCUGCUGAAAGGGUCUGUGUCCUGGCAGCAAAAAAAUGUGGAAUCCUACCAGUGUACCACAGCCUAUUUGCUUUGGCGUUUGAUGAUCUGUCCAACUUUUACCCCCCAACACAUGUUUUCAGCACUGAUGAAAACAUUAGCAUUCGCUACAGAGUCAGGUUUUUCUUUGCCAACUGGUUUGGAGAGGGGUCAAAAACAUCAUACCGCUACUGUCUGAGAAGAGGCAGAAUCAGUGCAGUGCUCGACUACUGUGUCAUUGAUUAUCUCUUUGCACAGUCCCGUAGUGACUUUGUGGCUGGCCAGGCAGGGGUCUCACCUCCCUUGAGCGUCCAGGAGGAGUGUCUUGGCCUGGCAGUGCUCGACCUAUUGCGACUGGCUAAGGAACACAACCAGAGCGUAAGGGAGGUGUGCAAGAAUGUCAGUUACAAGUCAUGCCUUCCCGAGACACAUCGGCAGGAAAUCCAGCAACUGAGCCGGCUUGCGCGCUACAGAAUCCGCAACACUCUGAAACGGUUCCUGAAGAAGCUUGGCCGCUGCUCGGUGGGGGAACGCAGUCUAAAGCUGAAGUACCUGAUGGAGCUGGCAGGGGUGGAGCCUUCCCAUGGCACUGAGACCUUUCAGGUGAACCAUCCUGGCUCCCAGCUGCAGCAGAAGGAACCAACAUUCAAACUUAUGCGGGUCUCCGGAGAGAGCGGUAUACAAUUCAGUGGAAGUCACUGCCCUGCAGAUGUCCUGGAGUGGCAGACAUUUUGUGACUUCCCAGAGAUCAUCGACAUCAACAUCAAGAGGGCGUGCCACGAGCAGGUUCCCCAGGACAGCAGGGUGGUCACGAUCACCCGGCAGGACGACAGAUGCCUGGAGGCCGAGUUUCAAACAGUGACUGAGGCGCUUUCAUUUGUUUCACUUGUGGAUGGCUACUUCAGGCUGACUACAGACUCCAGUCACUAUUUCUGUCAAGACGUUGCUCCUCCCAGCCUGCUUGAAGACAUUGAAAGCAACUGCCAUGGGCCAAUCACGUCUGAGUUUGCAGUGCACAAGCUGAAAAAAGUAGGCGCCAAAGAUGGCAGGUUUCUGCUAAGACGCAGCCCCAAAGACUAUGACAAGUUCUUUCUCACUGUCUGCGUUCAGACUCCUCUUGGGCUGGAUUACAAAGACUGUCUAAUUAUGAAGAAUGAACAAUUCAGUCUUUCGGGGGUCCACAAGUCCUUCCUCAGCUUGAGGGAACUCACUGACUUCUUCCAACAAAGCAAGUUGCUCCUGGCUGAGGUUCCUGUCAAGCUGGAAAGAUGUUGUCCACCUCGACCGAAAGAACUCUCAAAUAUGGUCAUCAUCCGCGGUAGCAGCUCAGUAGAGGCACAGGGGUCUCCGAUGCUGCAAAGGACCAAACCCAGUCACAUCCAGUUCCACAUGAUCAAGUACGAGGAUCUGCGAUGGUCUGAAAGCUUGGGACAGGGAUCCUUCACGCGAAUCUUCAAAGGCAGCAAGAUAGACAUCCGUGAUGGGGACAGACAUGUGACAGAUGUUCUGCUUAAGGAGCUGGAUGCAAACCACAAAAACUGCUGGGAGUCAUUCUUUGAAGCUGCCAGCUUGAUGAGCCAGAUUUCCCACAAGCACCUUCUCCUUGUCUAUGGGAUAAGUGUUCACAGAUCCAAGAACGUCAUGGUGCAGGAGUUUAUCAAGUGUGGGGCCCUUGACCUGUACCUGAAGAGGGAAGGGUCAGUGUCGGUCAGCUGGAAACUUGACGUAGCCAAACAGCUGGCUAGUGCGCUCAAUUUCCUGGAAGAGAAAAACAUUACUCAUGGGAAUAUUUGUGCCAAAAAUCUGCUCUUGGCCAGAGAGGGGGAUGCAUCCCAAGGAAGUUCUCCAUUCAUUAAGCUGAGUGACCCGGGCAUCAACUUGGCAAUGUUGGGCAGAGAUGUGGUGCUUGACAGGAUUCCAUGGGUAGCUCCGGAGGUGCUGGAGGCUCCAGAGAGGCUAGAGCUGGAGUGUGAUAAGUGGAGCUUCGGUGCCACGCUGUGGGAGUUAUUCAAUGGAGGACAGGCACCACUACAGGGCCUGGACCUCGAGAGGAAGCUGCAGUUUUACGAGACCUACAAGCAGCUACCCUCCUCAGAGUGGACAGAGCUGGCGGAUCUUAUCAGUCAGUGUAUGAACUACCAGCCUGCAUUCAGGCCCUCCUGUCGAAGCAUCAUUCGCCAACUGAACAGUCUGAUAACGUCAGAUUACGUGAUACUCCAUGCUGCGGAGCCUCUCCCUGACAGGGACAGAGCAUUAGGCCCCUCCCACCAGCAGGACCAAUCAGUGUAUGAGGAGAGACACCUACGCUAUAUCUCUCCUCUGGGGAAGGGGAACUUUGGCAGUGUUGAGCUGUGCCGAUAUGAUCCUCUGGGGGACAACACGGGCGAGCUGAUUGCUGUGAAGAAGCUACAGCCCAACAAGCAGUCAAACCUGGAAGACUUUCAAAAGGAAAUCAACACCAUUCGCUCCCUGCAUUGUGACUACAUUGUCAAAUACAGGGGUGUUUGCUACAGCAUGGGUCGACUCAGCAUGAGCUUGGUGAUGGAAUAUUUGCCCUAUGGCAGUCUGAUUGGAUACCUGGAGAAGAACCGGCAGCUCGUCAACAACCGGAGGAUGUUGCUUUUUGCCUCUCAAAUCUGUAAAGGAUUGGAGUACUUGCAGAGCAUGCGCUACGUGCACCGGGAUCUGGCUGCUAGGAACAUUCUGGUAGCAAGUGACACACUGGUCAAAAUAGCUGAUUUUGGCCUGACCAAGAUCAUUCCCUUUGACAAGGAGUACUACCGUGUGACACAUCCUGGUGAAAGCCCCAUUUUCUGGUAUGCCCCAGAGUCCAUCACAGAGUCCAAAUUCUCCCACAAGUCAGAUGUCUGGAGUUUUGGAGUCGUCCUUCAUGAGCUCUUCUCCUAUUGUGAGCACAACUGCAAUCCAAAGAGGCUAUAUAUGCAGGAGAUUGGCAAUGACAUGCAGGGUCUCUCCAUUUCAAUGCAUCUGGUUGAUAUCCUGAAGGACAACUGGAGGUUGCCUGCUCCACCACUCUGCCCUCCCAGAAUUUAUAGUAUGAUGACGGCGUGCUGGGGAUACAGCGCUGAGGAACGGCCAACGUUCUCCACCCUGGGAGAUCAGAUUGAGACCAGCAUCCAAGAUGAGAGAGAAGGUUCAAAAGGAUGAAUAUAACUGAAGCCAACCCUAUUAGAGAAUGUUGCAUUCUAACUUGAAAUAUACAUCUUCCUGUUACCAUAUUAGAACGUAUUGAUUACAUUACAUGUAUAAUAAAUGUACAGUUGAAGUCGGAAGUUUACAUACACCUUAGCCAAAUACAUUUAAACUCAGUUUUUCACAAUUCCUGACAUUUAAUAAUAAAAAUUCCCUGUCUUAGGUCAGUUAGGAUCACCACUUUCUCACUCAAUUAGUAUUUGGUAGCAUUGCCUUUAAAUUGUUUAACUUGGGUCAAACGUUUCAGAUAGCUGGUGUAACUGAGUCAGGUUUGUCGGCCUCCUUGCUCGCACGCGCUUUCUCAGUUCUGUCCACAAAUGUUCUAUAGGAUUGAGGUCAGGGCCUUGUGAUGGCCACUCCAAUACCUUGACUUUGUUGUCCUUAAGCCAUUUUGCCACAACUUUGGAAGUAUGCUUGUGGUCAUUGUCCAUUUGGAAGACCCAUUUGCGACCAAGCUUUAACUUCCUGACUGAUGUCUUGAGAUGUUGCUUCAAUGUAUCCACAUAAUUGUCCUUCCUCAUGAUGCCAUCUACUUUGUGAAGUGCACCAGUCCCUCCUGCAGCAAAGCACCCCCACAACAUGAUGCUGCCACCGCCAUGCUUCACGAUUGGGAUUGUGUUGUUCGGCUUGCAAGCCUCCCCCUUUUUCCUCCAAACAUAACAAUGGUCAUUAUGACCAAACAGUUCUAUUUUUGUUUCAUCAGACCAGAAGACAUUUCUCCAAAAAGUCAGAUCUUUGUCCCCAUGUGCAGUUGCAAACUGUAGUCUGGCUUUUUUAUGGCGGUUUGGAGCAGUGGCUUAUUCCUUGGUGAGCUGCCUUUCAGGUUAUGUCAAUAUAGGACUCAUUUUACUGUGGAUAUAGAUACUUUUGUACUUGUUGCCUCCAGCAUCUCCACACGGUCCUUUGCUGUUGUUCUGGGAUUGAUUUGCACUUUUCGCACCAAAUUACGUUCAUCUCUAGGAGACAGAACGCAUCUUCUUCCUGAGCGGUAUGACGGCUGCAUGGUCCCAUGGUGUUUAUACUUUAUACUUAUACUAUUGUAUAUACAGAUGAACGUGGUACCUUCAGGCGUUUGCAAAUUGCUCCCAAGAAUGAACCAGACUUGUGGAGGUCUACAAAUGUUUUUCUGAGGUAUUUGCUGAUUUCUUUUGAUUUUCCCAUGAUGUCAAGUAAAGAGGCACUGAGUUUGAAGGUAUGCCUUGAAAUACAUCUACAGGUACAUCCCCAAUUGACUCAAAUGAUGUCAAUUAGCCUAUCAGAAGCUUCUACAGCCAUGACAUCAUUUUCUGGACUUGCCAAAACUACAGUUUGUUAACAAUACAUUUGUGGAGUGGAUGAAAAAUGAGUUUUAAUGACUCCAACCUAAGUGUAUGUAAACUUCCGACUUCAACUGUAUAUGUUAGGAGUUAAUGAAAGGUGAAUAGGAACGUUGUGCAUGGAAAGUUUCUGAUUGAGAGAGUGGGCAAACAUGUUAUUGCUGAAUAUUAUGUACUUAUGGAAAGAGCAACAGUUUAGUCUCAGUUCCUGAUAAUGCAGGCCAGUUUCCAAAAAAGUAGUACCAGGAAGCAUGUGGAACUCAACUCGAGUUACGGUUAACAGUUGAAGAGAGAAGGAACUUUGGCAGGACCAUGACAAUACCAGUAAGAGGAACAGACUGAAUUCUGGUCUAGCAACAUAGACAGAUUGUUUAUUUUAGACAUACAAGGAGGUGACUCGGCCUAGUCAGAAUGCAUACACACAUGUUUGAGUGACUUGUAUGUUGUGUUUGCAGCUGAAGCAUCCAGUGGGUUGAAUAUAUAUGUUUUUUGAGUACCAACCUAUGUUUGUUCACAACCUAAUAACGACUGGAAAGAAACCUUUUGAUAAUAAAUCAUGAUGUAAUCUUUUGAGUGUCUAAGCACACAAAUAAACAAUAUUCUUAUAAGA